AUGAUUCACGGACCCCCCCCCCCCCCCCGAGAGCUUGCCUGGCCUCUCCCGACAGUGACAGAACUGUACGGGUCAGGACCAGAGCAUCUUCAAGGGGAGCUUGGAGAGUCAGCCAGCCUCUCCAGUGGGAAGUGGUGGGAAGUGGACCCCCCUCACCCUGGUGUCAGAGAGUCAGUCAGCCUCUCCAGUGGGAAGUGGUGGGAAGUGGACCCCCCUCCCCCUGGUGUCAGAGAGUCAGCCAGCCUCUCUAGUGGGAAGUGGUGGGAAGUGGACCGCCCUCCCCCUUGUGGCAGAGAGUCAGCCAGCCUUUCCAGUGGGAAGUGGUGGGAAGUGGACCGCCCUCCCCCUGGUGUUAGAGAGUCAGUCAGCCUCUCCAGUGGGAAGUGGUGGGAAGUGGACUGCCCUCCCCCUGGUGUCAGAGAGUCAGCCAGCCUUUCCAGUGGGAAGUGGUGGGAAGUGGACCCCCCUCCCCCUGGUGUCAGGGAGUCAGCCAGCCUUUCCAGUGGGAAGUGGUGGGAAGUGGACCCCCCUCCCCCUGGUGUCAGGGAGUCAGUCAGCCUUUCCAGUGGGAAGUGGUGGGAAGUGGACCCCCCUCCCCCUGGUGUCAGAGAGUCAGCCAGCCUCUCCAGUGGGAAGUGGUGGGAAGUGGACUGCCCUCCCCCUGGUGUCAGGGAGUCAGUCAGCCUUUCCAGUGGGAAGUGGUGGGAAGUGGACUGCCCUCCCCCUGGUGUCAGAGAGUCAGCCAGCCUUUCCAGUGGGAAGUGGUGGGAAGUGGACCCCCCUCCCCCUGGUGUCAGAGAGUCAGCCAGCCUCUCCAGUGGGAAGUGGUGGGAAGUGGACCGCCCUCCCCCUGGUGUCAGAGAGUCAGCCAGCCUCUCCAGUGGGAAGUGGUGGGAAGUGGACCGCCAUCCCCCUGGUGUCAGAGAAGAGUCAGCCAGCCUCUCCAGUGGGAAGUGGUGGGAAGUGGACCGCCCUCCCCCUGGUGUCAGAGAGUCAGCCAGCCUUUCCAGUGGGAAGUGGUGGGAAGUGGACCGCCCUCCCCCUGGUGUCAGAGAGUCAGUCAGCCUCUCCAGUGGGAAGUGGUGGGAAGUGGACCGCCCUCCCCCUGGUGUCAGAGAGUCAGUCAGCCUCUCCAGUGGGAAGUGGUGGGAAGUGGACCGCCCUCCCCCUGGUGUCAGAGAGUCAGUCAGCCUCUCCAGUGGGAAGUGGUGGGAAGUGGACCGCCCUCCCCCUGGUGUCAGAGAGUCAGCCAGCCACUCCAGUGGGAAGUGGUGGGAAGUGGACUGCCCUCCCCCUGGUGUCAGAGAGUCAGCCAGCCUUUCCAGUGGGAAGUGGUGGGAAGUGGACCGCCCUCCCCCUGGUGUCAGGGAGUCAGCCAGCCUUUCCAGUGGGAAGUGGUGGGAAGUGGACCCCCCUCCCCCUGGUGUCAGGGAGUCAGUCAGCCUUUCCAGUGGGAAGUGGUGGGAAGUGGACCCCCCUCCCCCUGGUGUCAGAGAGUCAGCCAGCCUCUCCAGUGGGAAGUGGUGGGAAGUGGACUGCCCUCCUCCUGGUGUCAGGGAGUCAGUCAGCCUUUCCAGUGGGAAGUGGUGGGAAGUGGACUGCCCUCCCCCUGGUGUCAGAGAGUCAGCCAGCCUUUCCAGAGGGAAGUGGUGGGAAGGGGACCCCCCUCCCCCUGGUGUCAGAGAGUCAGCCAGCCUCUCCAGUGGGAAGUGGUGGGAAGUGGACUGCCCUCCCCCUGGUGUCAGAGAGUCAGCAAGCCUUUCCAGUGGGAAGUGGACCCCCCUCCCCCUGGUGUCAGAGAGUCAGCCAGCCUCUCCAAGAGUCAGCCAGCCUUUCCAGUGGGAAGUGGUGGGAAGUGGACCCCCCUCCCCCUGGUGUCAGAGAGUCAGCCAGCCUCUCCAGUGGGAAGUGGACCCCCCUCCCCCUGGUGUCAGAGAGUCAGCCAGCCUUUCCAGUGGGAAGUGGACCCCCCUCCCCCUGGUGUCAGAGAGUCAGCCAGCCUCUCCAUCAGGGGCAGCCCAGGGUUCUGGCCUGAACCCGCCUAGGGUUCUGCCUGAACCGGCCCAGGGUUCUGGCCUGAACCAGCCCAGGGUUCUGCCUGAACCAGCCUAG